AUGAUUUGGGUAGUUGUUGACAGGCUCACGAAGUCAGCUCACUUCAUUCCAGGAAAAUCCACUUACACUGCUAUUCAAGAUGUGUUCUACGUCUCUAUGCUGCGGAAGUAUGUGGCAGAUCCGACACAUGUAGUUGACUUUGAACCAUUGCAGAUUAAUGAAAACAUGAGCUAUGAGGAGCAACAUGUUGAGAUUUUGGCAAGAGAGGUCAAGAUGCUUCGUAAUAUAGGAAUUACGCUGGUCAAAGUUCUUUGGCGAAACCACAGAGCUAAAGAGGCCACAUGGGAGAGAGAGGAUGACAUGAAAGCCCAGUACCCUGAGCUGUUCGAGGAUUAG